AUGGCCUCGGGAUCUACCCCCUUCAUGGACUGGGUCGCCGACUUCAAAGGCAGAACGCUGCAUCCAGCCGGUGCUUCCCCUCUCGAAGGCUUGCCGACCGAACUCUUGACUAGAAUCCUGCUCUACGUCUCAUCAGCCAAGUCAGGCGCUCGCUGGACUCCGCAUGCGUUGCCAGGCGACGAUUCUCCCCGAGUCGUAGGCUUACUCUCGAGUCUCCAAGUCUCGCAUCGUCUGCACUCCGUUGCUCUCCGCCUGCUCUACCACUCCCCGAGCAUCCAAGCCAGCAGGAGUCUGGCCUCCCCGGUCUCGAAAUUCUUCCACGCCGUGGACCAGCGGCCGGCAUUCGGUGCCCUGGUUCGCACGUUGGAUCUGACGCGCGCAGCCAAGAUCGGCUGUGACUACACCCUCUCGCAUCCCGAUCUAUCUCGCCUCCCGUCGCUGCGAGAUCUCCGUCUCGCGCUAAGCCAGCUGGAGGGGAUAUCAACACUGCACCACCUCGUCUCCUCGCGCGCCUCGCUCGAAGCACUCACCCUCGACGUCUGCCGCCGCCGGGAUGCCCACAGCCCGAUGCUGCAGAGCGGUGCAUUCGACACGCGACCCCAUGAGCUCCUCGUGUCUGACGACAGCAGUAACCUCACGAGUCUGAGAUUCACCGACGCGACCGGAACAGGCGGCGGCGGCGGCGGCCUGCACCUCGUCCCCUCUGCCAUGCUGGGAUCGCUGCUCCCGAGGAUGCACAGGCUGCAAGUGCUAGACGUGAGUCGCACGCGCGUCACCGCCGAGGCGCUGGCCUCGAUCCCGGCGACGGCGCGGCUGACGCAUCUCAACAUCGCUGGAUGUCAGCUCCUCGCCUGCGAUCGCCUCGUCGCUUUCCUCACCACCCACCCGGCCGUCACCCGCUCGCUCCAGGUGCUCCGCGCCGGCCACGUGCAGCAGCAGCAGCAGCAGGUCAUCACCACCCUCUCCACCACCUCCUCCUCCUCCUCCCCCUCGGAACCGCAAGAUCCGCUGCGCGAAGACCAGAUCAACGCCCUCCUGGCCGCGGCGCCGAGGUCGCUGCGGAGUCUAGAUCUCGGCAUGGCGCGCAUGGGACGCGGCAACAUCCCCUCUCUCCAGGCGGCCUGUGGACAGCUGGAAGAGCUCAGUCUCGGACCAGGCUUGACGAUGAGGGACGUUGAAGACGUGUUGCUGCAGCCGAUGUAUACCUUUGCAGACGAACACCCUGCCGUCGCGACGUGCGCAUCUGCUGCGGCGGCGACCUAUUCCCCGAAAGAGGAAAUGCGCGCCGAGAGCAUCUUGGGGCCGAUGCGUGAUGCCGUCGCGCUCUGCCAGCUGCGGAGGCGUCUGCAUUCUGUUGUUCCGCGCGCGGGGAGGGAGAGCGGAAGUGGCACUGCUGCUGCUGCUGCUUCUUCUUCUUCUUCUCCUCCUCAUUCUUCUUCUUCUUCUUCUUCUCCUCCUCCUUCUCCUCCCUCCUCGCGGCUGCGAUAUCUAAGCCUAAACCGUCUCGCAGCAGGAGAGCAGGACCGGCUUCGCCGCAGCGUGCUACUCGGCAGGCCAACGCUGCCCCUGCGCAUCAUCGACGUCACGGCACUCCCGUGGGAGGGCUUCCAAGUCCUGCAGAGGCUGGCCGGCGCGGUUGGGUGGACGGCCCGCUGGGAGGGAGCGCGCACGUGGCUUGAACGAGUGUAG